GAAGCAUGAACAAGGCUACAACGGUGAUACCAACCAGUGAGACUUACCCAGCCGGUAUCAGAAUUCAAGAUUUCAUAAGGGGAUUGAACUCAUCAAAUGAACAGUCGCUAUUGCACCCCCUUUCAUCGACGAUCAGUUUCAAACUUCUCAUCUGUCAAAUCAACUUCAUCACUUCGGCUCUCUCCAGUACGCCAUCUUCGUUCGAUCUGAGCCCGUCCAAACAGCAUGUCGACCACCUCCGAACAAUACGGUACGUCCCGCCGAGAAUGGCUUGUGACGAAUAUCAAGGACAACACUUACCGUUUACCGGUAAAUGAGGAUGCGCCAGAAGGGAGACCAUUGCCCCUUGGUGUUCGACAAAAACACGCAACGGAUCUCUUCUGUCAAAGAUGGUUGGGAGAUAUGUCCGACAAAGCUAUCUGGGACAAUUUCGCGAAGUGCAAUAAAGCUUUAGAGGCUCAGGCUUUAGCGAAUCUGCAGUUCAGAGACAUUGUCGAAGCGGUGCAAAAAGCCGACGAACAAAAGAACGAGAAAUACGGGAAACCAUUGGCUCAAGUGACCGACCCGAAUUUUCAGAUCGAGCCCGAGUUCGAGGCAUACUUCCUCACGAAUGUCCGUAUCGGCAAAGACACUAUAAUCGGAAGGAAGUGUAAAUUCUACGACAACCCGUUGCAAGACUUCACUAUCGGGAAUAAUUGCACUAUCGGUGCUGAAACUAUCAUCCACGCCACUACUUACCAAGGUGAUGGAACUUACGUGGCCGGGUGCAUCGACAUUGGGGAUCGAGUCUCCAUUGGUACUGAUUGUAGUCUAUGGCCGGACCUCAAGAUUGGAAGCUGGUCGACUAUUGGCGAGCAAGUCUUCAUUGGGCAGGACGUCUCCAUUGGCCAGGGGGUCUACAUUGGCGAUAAAGUGAUCGUCAGGAAGAAUGUCAAUAUCAAGAGCGAUGCGAGGAUUGGCAAUGGACUUACCAUUGGUGCCGGUAACACGGUCUCUGGAGUCAUCAAAGAGAAUGUGCCAGCGGUCAAGGAAUAAGUACGCCACGCUGAGCCGUCAGACCAAGCAAAAAAAGAAUCCCAGAUCAAUGGGGUUCUUUUCGAUCUAUCGUGGCUAUCUUGCAAAUGCGUCAAAUUAAUGUGGCUACUUUGUAUGCCAUUCCUUCCAGACCGGUGCUGGUUUCCUUCUGUGAUGCCUUGAGUCACUCAUUUAUCACUCAUUUACACAGUAUUGUCUGCCCAAGUGCACCCAGCUAGUCCUUGCAAAUAAUGAAAACCUUGCGUGCAUCUUUGGGGGAGUUCUUCGAUGUCGAUGAAGGUGAUGUGAUCGCUCUGCUUUUGCCGUUGACUUUGGUCGAGAUCACAUAUUCCUAGAGAGAUCUGUUGGUCUUUGGAGAACAGGUUUGUUUGUAGAUUCGUGUU